GUGCGGGGGUUGAUGUCUUGAAUAUAAAAGCACCACUACUCUACUUUUGCCUAUAUAAAGAAGACGCCCCUUCAUCCUGCAGAACCACAGCUUCUUGUGCACACCACCAGCUUUCUUUCCUGGUUAGUUGCCUCUCCUUAAUUCACUUUCUUCUACAAAAUACGGUUUGCAAACAACCUGAUCAAGCGAGGAUGACAAACAGAGCUUUAUCUUUCCCAUCAUCUCCUGUUGGCUAUGUAUUUCGUCCGACCGAUGAAGAAUUGGUGAAUCAUUACCUGAGGUUAAAAAUGCAUGGCGGCUAUGAACAAGAAGUCAGCAUAAUCGCCGAAGUUAAUGUGUGCGAUUUUGAGCCUUGGGUACUCCCUGGGCUUUCUACAUAUCAGUCAAACGAUCCAGAGUGUUAUUUCUUUUGUCCUCGCAGUUAUAAGUACGUAAAUAGUCACCGGGCUAAUAGGACAACUGAAGCUGGAUACUGGAAAGUGACCGGCAAGAAUCGUAUAAUCAUAGCUAAAUCUACCAAGGAGCAUAUUGCUACCAAGAAGACUCUGGUUUUCUACGAGAAUCGUGUUCCUAAUGGAGUCAAGACCGAUUGGGUCAUACACGAGUACCAUCCAACUUUCAGCUUCCACAACCAGAGGGACUUCGUUCUCUGCAAACUGAAGAAACAUCCAGAUGAGAACAUGCCAACAUUUGAAGAAAGUGAAUCAAGUUCCAAUGUUCCUUAUGGUCUUGGAAAUCAAAAUCCAACUGUGCGUAAUUAUCCCUUGAUCUUGGAAGAAGGUGGACAUACUGCCCAGAUGGCUUCUAAUUUAGCAAACAAUAGGCUAGAGGAAGAGAUCAAUCAACUCCGAACACAACUGGAAUCAUUCCGUGGCUUUGAUGAUGGAGAUUUCGGCCUGAAUUCUGCCCUGCAGUUUUCACCUGGGAAUUAUAUGUAAACCCUAUCCUGCAAUAGGUUUUCGAUCGUCCAUGUCUAUCAAACUUUGCUAUAUAUAUGUAUUAAACCUAGCCUGGAAUAACAGAGUUCAUAUGUACUGGGUGAAGUGUGGUUGAUCAUAUGCCAUAAGAACAACUUGCCUCAAGUUGUUCUUUAUGGUGUUUCUCCUUGUUUGUUUUUUCCCAAGAGGAAUUGAAGUGUGCUCAGCUUUGUUUUUGUUUAUCGACUGGUAAUUGUUGAUUAUUUAGCUGCAGUCAGCGUUAGAAAAGAAGGUUGGUGGGAGCAGGAGGAUGAGGAUGGGGGAAGCAUGGUGGAAACUCCCGCUUCUAUAUCUUGUUACCCUCGUAUAUGUGACGAAACCUCCUGGUAUCACGAAAUUAGAUUAGAAUGAUCUCGACACGGUAACGGGGUAAUGAUAAUAACGGUUGUUUUUUUUUUAUAGGGUUUUUAAAAUAUUAAUUAAUCCCUUUUUUAUUAUAAUUACUAAUAGAUUCCAUUAAAAAUACCUUCAUAUCUCUAAACACUUACAUAUCCAUCAAGCAUAAAAUCAGGCAUUCACAAUGCGAAUUUACAGUGAAAGUCAAAUCUCUUAUACUAUAGAGUAUAAUAUAACUACUGUACCUUGUAAUGUCAUAGGAAAAGAAGAAAGUAGCAAGAGGGGUUUGGGAAAGUUCUUGGUUCUUACCAGCAAACAAGUAAAAUAUCAGGGGGCAACUUCUUCGUCCCAGCUGAACUAGGACCCAUGCCAUUGACUGGUGGGGUCGCUUUUUCUACAAUAUGUACGGCAUUUCUUCCAACCCCAUGGCUUCUCAAUAGAAUCUCUUAGUCAGUCUCAAGUCAAUGCUUUCUUGAAGAUCACAACAGAACAACACAAGACACCCUCCUCCUUGUCUCUCAAUCCACAACUUAUUUUAGGACGAGGAAUGAAACUGCCUUCUUGUUAGUAGCCCUGCUUCUUGUUUUAUUUGCAACUUUUCUUUAUUUCUACGUUCAACUAGCACUUUUAAAACCAGUGAUUGUAUGUGAUGGCGCCGGUGGGAUACAGAUUCCAUCCAACUGAAGAAGAAAUCAUCUGUUAUUAUCUGAAACACAAAAUGAACGGCCGUAAUUCCCUCGUUGAUGAUCAUAUUGGUGAGGUUGAUCUUUAUCGGCGGGAUCCAUGGGAAUUACCUGUUUCUGCGAGAAAAAAGUCAGAUGAUCGAGUGUGGUAUUACUUUUGUCGGCUUGAUUACAAGCACUCAAAUAGUAAACGAGCUAGCAGGGAAACCAAGAAUGGAUUCUGGAAAUCGACCGGCAAGGUUCGUGAUAUCAAGGCUAAACGCACAAAUGAGGUGAUUGGUAGUAAGAGGACUCUGGUUUUCCAAUACAGAUGUCCUGAUUCUAAAAAAGUGGUCGGGACCAGCUGGGUCAUCCACGAAUUCCAUGCUAAAACUACCACUCCUGACCAGAGGGCUCUUGUUCUUUGCAAGUUAAAGCAUAAGGCAGAUGACUCGGCUGCUAAUUUGCCUGAUGAUGAAGGCGAGCCUAUUCGGGUUAUGGGUUCUAAUGUUGAAAAUAAUGCGGUGCUGAAUAAUAACCAAGAGGUAGAUGCAGAGCUACCGCAAUCUCUCUUUGACAGUCAUGACGUGGGUUUCAAUUUUCCUUUCGCACUGCAGGCACAGAACCAUGUGCAGAAUAAUAACCAAGAGGUAGAUGCAGAGCUACUGCAAUCUCUCUUUGACAGUCAUGAGGCGGGUUUUGAUUUUCCUUUCACGCUGCAGGCACAGAACCAUGUGCAGAAUAAUAACCAAGAGGUAGAUGCAGAGCAACUGCAAUCUCUCUUUGACAGUCAUGAGGCGGGUUUUGAUUUUCCCCUUGCACUGCAGCCACAGAACCUUGUGCAGAAUUUCCUUUCUGAUGAAGAGGAUAUAGAUUUUGCAGAUUCACUCCUAAAUGACUACCCACCAACACCAAGGUCAUCAAGUAAUGCUUAUGUUUUGGAUACAAGUGACAGAGAAACUUAUCUUGCCUAUGGAGAGUCUCCAAACUUGUAUGGUGGGCACGGUAGUUCAAGAGCAUACCAGCGGAAGCAAAGGGCUCAUUGUGAUGAUACCCUCUUGAUGGGGCCAUCUUCCAUGGAUUCCACCACUGUAACUAGGCAUGAACAGAUUAAUUCAAUUCAAUCAGACUUUCCAAGUAUCCACAAAGCUCAGCAUGCACCCAUACCCCACAGCUUCAUGGAGCAGGAGGGAAUUUCUGCUAAAGGAGAUCAAUUUCUGGGUGGGAUUUCAAGUACAGCAUCCAAACAUAAGGCCAGAGAAGGUGCAAGGCAAGUUGCUAAUAUUGAUCUGCCUAAGAAGGUUGGCAUAGAAUCUGUAAAAGACAGGAAAAUAGUUCAGGUUAUGAACGCAAAGCCGGCUGUGAAGUCGAGAUCAAAUGGUUCGGCUGGCAAUGAAAAGUGGGGCCGUUUCAUUCACCUUGAAACAACUACAUCAAGCCAUACAUCGACUCCUCCAUCUGUUUAUCUUUUCAAUUUAGUCGUGGGUCUGUUUCUGUUCAUAAUCAUGCUCAGAGAAGUGCUGAUUGUUCACUGAGAGAAGCUUCUCUUAUAAGGCUAUCGUCAAGAGUUUCCAGUAUAACAAGAACACUUUAUUUUUUGCGAGAAAAGGUCAGCAAGAGGGGGACUUGAAAUCCCUAAAAGUGUGUUUGGUUUAACUUUUGUGGUUGAGGUUAUGGUUGUGUACAACCCAAUUAUGCACAAAACUCAACCACAAAAACUAAUAUUUCUUGCUUUUUGUAGCUUUUUAGUGGUUCUACACCCAAACCUCAACCUCCACUUAAUAAACCCUCAACCUGCUGACAGAAUGGAUUUCUGUUUUUGCUAGCUUGUAUAUAUAUUGCCCCUUUCUCAUGGCUGCCGGGGCUAGACUGUAGUUACUGUUUGCUGUAUAAAUUAUAUUAUGUUAUAAUUAUUACAAGAAAUCUCUAAGCAUGGUUUUUUCAACGUAGCAAA